AUGGCGUCAAAGGCGGCUAUCGAGCGUCUGAAGGCGGCGGAGAGGGAGAUCAAGAAGCUGAGGGAGGAGAAGCUGGUGGCGGAAAAGAGGCUGGAGUUCCAGACGGCCCGGAAUCACACGAUUUACGGCGUGGUCACCUCGGCCGUGAACAAGCUCACUACAGUCGCCGAGGGCGUGACCCAUCACGAGCAGACGUCGGGGAGGAGCAUCCAAAUGGCGGUGGACGCUAUGAGGGCGGUCGUGCAGGAGGUGGUGAGCUAUCGCGGCUCCACCCUAGAAUUCAUGAACACGCAGUGGCUGCCCACCGUGCAGGCCCUGCACUUGACGGCUACUGCUGCACAGGGUAGGCGACGGGAGGACGACCUCCUGCUGUUUCGAGGUGUGGCAGAUGCUCUUGGCAAGAAGAUCAAAACAGUCGUGUCUGCCGAGGUGAAGGCCGCCAUGGAGGGCGAGGCGCAGAGGAUCGCCGCUGCCGUGACUGCGAAGGUCGUCCAAGAGCUUAUGGACGACCUGGUGAAGGCGGUCACCUCCGCGACCCAACAGGGCAUUGGCACCGCCGGGUUUAGCCUCCUCCCAACUGCUCUCGCGUCGGUGAUGCACGGCGGUCGCGCAACCGCCGAGGAGAGUGGGCCGGCCCCAAGCGGCGCGGUCGAGGCCACAUCGGUGAUCGUGUCGACGACGACAGCAGCGCCGACCAAAUCGGGUACUGCCCGGGCGACCUUGUCGCUGCCGAACCCGCCUCCGCCUACCACGGGCACUGCCGGUGCGGCCAGCUUACCCGUUCAUGGGGCCAUGGUCGCCGCGGAACCGAUCCCGAUCCCAACGGUUGUUGAGUCUCGGGCGGUCGAGGCUCUAAUCACUCAAAAGCCAUCGUUCGACGAGUAUCUGAAAUGGCUCGAGGAUCAGGGUCAGAAAACCCCGGUAAUUCCUCCGACUCACAGCAACCAGGCGGUCGACCAAGGAGCAGAGGCAGCGAACGUCGCGGCGGCGACUGCAGGGCCGAGUGGCUCAACGGUGGAGGCGGCUGUGUGGAGAGCGGCGGAAGAGGCCGGCGGGGUGGACGAAGAGAUCCUCGCCAGCAUCGUGAUGCCGGACCCGGAAAUCGAGGUCAUGCGGGAAAAACUACAAGCAGCAGCUCCCACCGUGGGAGCGCAACAGGGUGCACCAGCCGCCACGACUGCUCCUGCGGAGGACCAUAGCGCGGCUGGCGCCAAAUCCCCCCCGGCCACAACCGGUGAGGUCGGCGAUGGGAAGCAGAAGCGCAAGGGCAAGGACAAGGCGAAGGGCGGCCCGGCGAAGGUCGGCUCUUCCAAGGGGACGUCCAAAGCGGCCGCGCAGGGUCGGAAGGGUUCAGGCGUCCGCGUUGACCCUUCAAAUGAGCUGGCCGUCUCGGAGAUGAAGUUUGGGAAGAAGAGCCGUUACAUCUGCCGGUCGAUGGACAAGUCCGAGGCUGCCUACUGCAUCGCUGUCGCCGUUUCGUCGUUCGACGGCUUCGUCAGCGACGUGGUUCUCGACGAGUUCGGUGGGGUCAAGGAGGAAGUGAUGGCGCAGUAUAAGGCGGACUGGAAUGUGGCGCGAUUGAUUUCGGGGGGCAUGUGGAGCCGAGGGGCGAACGUCUUCCGCGACAGGUUCCAAGGGGUGGUCGCGGAAUACAACAGGAUAACCGGAGCCGACCGCGCAGCUCUCAUGUUGGCUCUUCGCCCGGCGGUGUGGUUCGGCGACCUUCCGGAGUCGACCGAGCCCGAGAAGGCCGCGAAGAACAAGGUGGCGAGCGACAUGAUCGCACGCGUUUCGAUGUGUGCCGCCUUCGCACCGGUGGCCGCGAAAGUGACGCCCAUUCCGGGCGUCGGGUCGGAGCGGUUGUCCGAGAUCCUCGCCGGUACUGCGGCCGCGUUGUGGUGUUUUUCAGACACCAAUGCCACGGCGGAAGUAGCGGCCGGCAAAGGGGGGGCGGCAGCGACCGUGCGCGGAGCGUCCAACGAGUUCGCGAGUCGGUGUCGGACCGUCAUCGAGGCGGUGCUUCAGCGGGCGGCCUCCCGGUGGGAGGUCGCCAAAACGGUGACGAAGGACCUGCAGGCGGCUGUGGUGAGGUCGCUGCCUGAGGUCGAAGAGGAGCGCGAGCACGACGAGCUGAUCGCCCGUGUCAUGAUAGAGAACCUCGCCUUCUGGGGGGACUGCAAUGUCGGAGGCCCGAAGCUCAAGGCUCGCGGCGUCGAUUUGCCUAUCGACCCCCAGAUGAAGAUUAUCAUUCGGGACAGGGGGGCGAGGGGGCAGCAGCACAAAGGAAAGCAGGUUGCCGACGCCUAG